AUGCUAAACUACUCCUUUGUCAAAAAGAACGGAACAAAACGCGACAACAUGGGAAAUGUGGAGAACAGUUCUAACUUGGAAACUGUUGUCGUCAUAAAUUGCAUCCUCAAUGUUCCACUAAUAUUCACAUCCAUCACUGGUAAUGCUUUGGUGUUGGUCGCCAUCAUGAGAACUCCUUCGCUUCGUUCGAUACCGUCUACAAUCCUCCUAUGCAGUCUCGCUAUUACAGAUUUUCUUGUUGGGCUAAUUGUCCAACCUGUUUACAUUGCCAAUGAACUUCACCAUUCAACUGGUGGGCCUCUUGCCAAAGUCGAAGAAUUUAUGUCUUUUUUCCUCUGUGGUGUUUCCCUCACAACAAUAACAGCCAUAAGCGUAGAUCGACUUUUAGCUCUCCACUAUCACAUGGCGUAUCCGAAUUUAAUGACAACAAAACGUGCAUUAUAUGCCUCAGCAAGUCUCUGGUUUGUUUCCAUACUUUUACUAUGCCUUAAAGUUUGGAAAUCAGAAGUUGUUUUUCUUAUUGCAGGAGUGUAUAUCACAAUUUGUUUAGUCAUUUCGUCCGCUUCUUACAUCAAAAUUUAUUUUAUUGUUCGUCACCAUCAGAUCCAGAUUCACGCUCAGCAACAAGCUUUGAACAGUUUUAAUAUUGGUGUAAAUAUUCCCGAUAGUAAUAACAUGAUAAUAUCAAAGAAACAUGCUUUAAAGACUUUUAUAUAUUACAUCUGCAUGAUAUGUUGUUACUUACCUUAUCUAUCUUAUUCAUUGCUACGAACCACCUUAGUUAUAGGCUACGACCGGAAUUGGUCCUUUGUAGACACCGUUGUGUUCCUGAACUCGUCCGUAAAUCCAUUUUUGUACUGUUGGUGUAAUCGUGAAAUCCGAACGUCAGCUGUAAAGGUAGUCCGAAAAAUGAUGUGUAAACAAACGGAGGUAGUUAGCGGCCUUGAAGGUUAA